AUGUUAUCAUACCCCGAGUUGAAUUCACAAUUUAUAUCUCAUCAUCAAAGUGGAUUCUCUUUUAGAUUUUUAAAUCAAGAACAUGAGUUGUCGAACACAACUAGUUUUCGAUCUGGAUUACUCAUUAUAGGGUCUAGUAACGGAUUAGUUCUAUGCACAAAUGAUCAUCUUGUACAGAAGACUUAUUAUGUUUGCAAUCCACUCACGAAGAGAUGGGUUUUGCUCCCACCACCACCAACAUCAAGAUUUUUCGUCGUAGCUGGUUUCACAUGUGAAGAAGAACCAUGUUCAUCAUCCCUAGUUUCUACUGGUUAUAAGGUUAUUCGUGUACCGAUGUUUCUAGGAGAAAGCACAUUCAAAGUUGAAAUACUUUCUUCUGAUUUAGGUGGAUGGAAUAUCUAUGAUGUUGUGUGUCCACCUAAUACUAAAUGGAAAAUCUCCUUGAGUGACAAUCUUGUUACCCGUAAUGGUGUUUUCUACUGGCUGCAAAAGCGAAACUGCAAAAUUCUAAUUUUCAGUGUGAAGAAAAACAACAAGAAUAGAAUUUGUGGCAGUGAAUGUAAUUCGAUUAAUUUGCCAGACCUAGUGAUGGAUGACGAGGACAAGCAUUCAAGUCACUUUCUAGGAGAAUCAGAAGGAUUGAUCUGUUACGCUGUAGUCAAAUACACAGAGAGGAGUUUGAGUGUUUGGGUACUCGAGGAAGAUUGGUAUUUGUUGCACAAGGAUACUAAAUUUUAUGACGUCUUAGCACAAAGGGAAUCUUCGUUGAUUGGAGUAGAAAGUGCAAUUCCGGUUUUAGGUUUUAAUCCGUUUGACAAAAAUGAGGUUAUACUCGGCUACGAGAAGUACAUUUGGGCUUACAACAUCAGAACCAAGAAAUAUGAACAACUCUCUCAAGCUUCUUUCCUAGGCAGCAGUCUUUCAGCUCCUCACGUCGGUCUCUUAACAUUUCCUUUAAAGCUAAGGCCGACAAUGCUUCCACCAGUAGUCUCUUAG